GUGCGAGUUAAGUCCCUAGCCGGGAUCUCGCUUCGGCGCGCGCUCCCGAUAGACGACGGGCUUUACUGCCAAUCUCAAAUGAUUCCAGGAGACACAAAGCAGCUGAAGUGAGAAGUGCAAAGUGGAGAGGCCACUCGGAAAGGAAGAGGCCGUUGCCUUGACAGUCGGAUGAACGCGUUCCCCGUCCGUCGCCCCUGAUCGCAUGGUUUUCUCUUUCCCCUUCUUUUCCUGCGCGGCGUCCUCCAAGUUCCCAACUUCCCCUGCGAGCAGAGUCAGUCAGUCAGUCAGACAAACGGGAGUUUCGCGGAGUAGGAAGGCUGGCUGGGAGAUCGCGGUGUGUUGGGAGUAUAAACGUCAAGAAAAAAGGAUCAGUCUGGAAAACCUGGGACGGUAGCUACAUGCAGCAAUGACUUGGGGAGCAGAACUGUGGGAUCAGUUUGAAAACUUGGAAAGACACACACAGUGGGGAAUUGACUUUGUGGAAAGAUAUGCAAAGUUUGUUAAAGAAAGAAUUGAGAUUGAACAGACCUAUGCAAAACAAUUAAGAAACCUUGUCAAGAAGUACUGUCCCAAACGCCCCAAAGAUGAAGAACCCAGGUUUACCUCAUGUCUGUCAUUUUAUAAUAUCCUGAAUGAGCUUAAUGAUUAUGCUGGGCAGAGAGAGGUUGUGGCAGAAGAGAUGGGGCACAGAGUUUUUGGAGAGCUUAUAAAGUAUUCACAUGAUCUGAAGGCAGAAAGAAAACAUCAUCUUCAAGAAGGACGGAAAGCCCAGCAAUACCUUGAUCAUUGCUGGAAACAGAUGGAUAAUAGUAAGAAAAAAUUUGAGAGAGAGUGCAAAGAAGCAGAAAAGGCUCAGCUAAGUUAUGAACGAUUAGACAAUGAUAUCAAUACUACUAAGGCCGAUGUGGAGAAGGCAAAGGCUCAGCUUAAUCUGCGCACACAUAUGGCGGAUGAAAGUAAAAAUGAAUAUGCAGCUCAAUUACAAAACUUCAAUGGAGAACAGCAUAAACACUUCUACGCUGUAAUUCCACAGAUAUUUAAGAACCUUCAAGACAUGGAUGAGAGGAGGACAAUAAAACUGAGUGAGAAUUAUAAAAUGUUUGCUGAUGUGGAACGUAAAGUAAUUCCAAUCAUUUCAAAAUGUCUUGAAGGAAUGGUUACAGCAGCAAAAUCUGUUGAUGAGCGAAAAGAUUCCAUGAUAGUAAUAGAAACUUUUAAGUCUGGUUUUGAGCCUCCUGGAGAUUUCCCAUUUGAGGAUUACAGUCAGAAUAUUUAUCGGACUGGAUCUGAUGGAACAAUUAGCACACCUAAGACUGACCCUGCAAGAUCUGAUCCAAAACCAACUAUUAGCAAAGCGAAAGGAAAGCUAUGGCUAUUUGGGAAAAAGCCCAAGGGUCCUGCUCUUGAAGACUUUAGCCAUUUACCACCUGAGCAAAGGCGGAAGAAGCUUCAGCAAAGAAUUGACGAUCUUAACCGAGAAUUACAAAAGGAGGCUGAUCAGCGUGAGGCUUUGAACAAAAUGAAGGACGUGUAUGAGAAGAAUCCUCAAAUGGGUGACCCAGGAAGUUUACAACCCAGGAUAUCAGAGACCAUGAAUAACAUGAGUCGUCUUCAGCUGGAGAUUCAGAAGAAUGAGGCGUGGCUAACGGAAGUUGAGGGAAAAUCAGUUGGAAAGGGAGACAGACGCUCCAGCACAGACGUAAAUCACCAUGCACCUCAUGGAAGAGAGAGCCCAGAAGGAAGCUACACAGAGGAUGCAAGCCAGGAGUUGAGAGGACCCCCACAGACUAAUCCACAAAGCGAGUUUGAUGAUGAGUUUGAAGACGAUGACCCACUACCUGCUAUUGGACACUGUAAAGCGAUGUAUUCAUUUGAUGGUCAGAAUGAAGGCACUCUGGUUAUGGCUGAAGGGGAGGUUCUGUACAUCAUCGAAGAAGACAAAGGAGAUGGAUGGACAAGAGCUAGAAAACAAACCGGAGAAGAGGGCUAUGUGCCCACAUCGUAUGUUGACAUAACAUUAGAGAAAAGCAGCAAAGGUUCCUGAACGGAUGCGUGGGUUUCUGGCCCACAAGACUUUGAAGGCGGUUACAUGCAGCUGCUUACCUCUGGGGUGGGAACUUGUAGGUUGGGAACUUGAGAGGUAUACAUUGCAGAUUGCAUGUUUUUUGCAUGUAAACAUCCAUUGCCAUUAACAUCAUAACCAUUACUGGGGUUGCAUUUAAACACUUGCCCUAUUUCUUCAGCUCAUGUCCAUUUUUUUAAGCUUGCAUUUAAGUUCCUGAGCACGUAGAAUCUUGAUUAUCAUUGACCCAAUUAGCCAUUAGCCAGUUGAUUUUGCAACACAUAUCAGGAGAGUGUAUAUGAAAAAGGAAUUAGUCGAAAAAUGUUCUCUGAAAAGCAUUUCAAUGAGUGCUGUGUGAUGUCCUCUGUAGGAGUAGUUUUGAGCAGAGAAGUGACGGAGAUACAGAGUAAUAUCUGGGGUCUCUUGGAAAUCACUCCCAAGUAGCGGUUGAGGGACAAUGCCGGCACACACAUAGAUGUCUGAAAACGCACUGAGUUUUGUGGGAUGAAGAGGCACAUAAGCAGUGACACCAGAGAGUUUGUACAAUUGGAGACGAGAACCAUUGUUGUUUUUUUUUUUUAGGUUUUUCGCAAAAGCAUCAGCAACCUUCUUAAAUGCUUUCAAAGACUGUGUAGUUUUUUAGGUUAGAAAUUGCCAACUUGUAAUGAUAUUUUUGAAAAGAAGGAAACAGAAUCGUUUUUUGGCAAGGAAUAAAGUAAAUGUGGGAUACAUUGUCAGCAUCUACAUUAUCUGAGAUAUUGAAAUUGUAUUCAAGGAAGAGCGGUCUUUGCUAUUUUCAGCGUCUGAAAAGUAGUGAUUAGGGCAGGUGAAUUGUCUGUGAAGUUGUCUGUGUUUGUUUACUAAAAUAUCUGUAUGCAGAUAUGGAAGAGGAGGCUGUCUGACUGGUACUCGUGAUGCUAUGAUGACACGGCUUUUAAUUUAUACUGUAGGACCCUGCUAUCCAUUACAUUGAUUGAGCCCAAAUAACGGUGCAUAAACCUCUUUAAAUAAACUGGGCUCUUCUAUGCUGUGUUCACGUGGUAUGAGACAAAACAGAAGUCCUCAGCUGAACGAUAGCCAAGUUGGGAUGUUCACACUGAUCUCUCAUAUCGUUUCAGUAAUAUAAGAAAAAAAAAAAAAUGAAAAAGUCAGCCACAAAUGGCAUUUUUGUGGUUUGAGUUGCAUUUGGAGUAAUACAAAACAUGCUUAAAGCAUUUGUUUUAUGUUUCCAUGAGAAAAAGCCUUGUCGUUAAUUACUUUUUGUGGAUCAAGUAGUAAAUGAACAGCCAACACGCGUUUCUUCCGGAACGCUGACUGGAAAUUCAUGUGACUGCGGAGAACUGAGAAGAUGAGUUGUCACGGGUGGAUACUCUUAAAAAUGCUCAUAGCUUGUGAACACAGCAAUAUUCUCCCUUUUAUUACGGCAGAUAUUCAAGGUUCUACUGUAGAAAAAUCUAAGUGAUUCUUUGGCUGCAGGUGGGUUAGCCAUUGUCAUAAAGGCAAGAGAUUGCAUACCGAAGACAGGAGCAGCAGCCCUUUAUUUUUUUUCUUUACGCACGUGUCAGUCUGUUUUCUAUGCCUGUGCAUUUCUGUCUGUGCAAACUCAUCUUAACGUUACUGCAUGUCUGGAAAGGCCAUCCUAGACCUUCACUGUGGCAUCAAGUUUUAACUACUUUAUUGCUUUAGUCUUGACAACCUAAUCCCUUUGUCAGCAUUGUGUGUUUCUUUUUGAUACAUUUUCCAUGCCAGUAAUUGCUGCAUCUUGCUUCUGACAUUCUUUGUUAAAUUGAGCAUAAACACUUGAUAUAAGUUUUUAUUCAGACCUCUGUAACCAUCAAAGAGAAAGCCAGUUAUGUGGAUUUUUGAGGACUUCUUCAGCCCCGACCUUGACUCAACACGGACGAGAGCAACAGUUGGAGCAAGCAGCUAUGUAACAACAAAGCAUUAUGUCAGCUACAAAGAAAUGUUUGGACAAUAGCAAAGACUCCAUAAAAUAUGAUGGCAACUCUGGCUUCCCAAGCAAUCAUUGCCUUAAUUAUAUAGCUGUACAGCAGAAGGGUGCCUAGGUCUGCCAUUUUUCAAUCCCUGUAACAAGUUCCAGCCAAGGGCUUCUUUUCUGUUUUGCAGCACUUCAGAUACUGUUAAUGCACUUCGUUUACUGGACAGGAAAACAGGAAACCACAGUGGCACCAUUCCAAAAGAAAAGAAAAAAAAAAAAACACCAUUUCUAAUGUAUAUUGUAUUAUUACUGGAGAUUUGUAUGUAUUAAUGAUUACAUCUUUUUUUUUUAAUUUCAGAUGAAUGUGCAUUGAUUGUAAUUUUUAUAGUAUUUUUAAUCUAUUUUAAAAUAUCCAUUUUAAGAUUAUCUUGAAACUGUACAAUUAGUAGUUUUAAGGAAAAAAAAAUCUGCAUUAAUUACAAGUAACACUUGUGUCUUAGGUCUCUCCCAUUUUUAAGCACCUUUGCCCAUUAAAACUGAAUGUUAUUGGUGAUUUUGUUUUUGUACAAAUGUAAAUAAGCGGGCAGAACCACUCUUUUUACAUGACGUGAGCAAGUUUGUGUGUGCUUAAAUGGGUGACGUACUCAUUCACUGUAGCCCAUAUUUCAUAGGUUUUAUAAUGGGGUUCAAAUAUACAUUAUUAACACAUAUAUAGCUUCAGGAUUUCAUCCGUUCAAGGUUUAAUAGGUAACAGGGUAUCUGUGAAAUUGAUGUACACUUACUUAUACUCAUUUAGAACAUAAACUCCUUCUAAGUACAAUCCAUUCCUUGACAGAUGCAAGCUGGAAUCAGUAUCUCUGUGACUGUAAUCUACGGUAAAUCUGUUAACAAUGCUGUACUGAGCAUUUGGAGAACUGGAAAGAAAAACUCUUGCCUGGUGAAAAGAAAUAUAGCCAAAUAUAUAAAGUGAAACCCAUGUCAUUAGGUUGACUAUUUUUCCAUUCCUUAAGUGCUAUCUCUACUUGUGGUCAGGGUCUCGGAGACCACUUCCGGCAAAGAAGCACUAUUUACUGUUGGCAUGCUGCUGAUUUGUCGUAACUAUGUGUAAUCGUUUCAAAGAAAGAAUGCUGCAAAGAAGAGAAUGAUUUUUUAAAUGUGAUCUGAAACAAAUGACAUCCUUUAAUAUAGUUUUUCUGCAUAAUCCUGUGCAAAAUUUUAUAUUGUGAAACACUGUUAAAUUCAUGUUCUCUGUUGAGAAUUGCUUCACUGAAAUAAACAUUAUUUCAUAUUGUAGUCUUGCA